UCCCAAACCCGAUGUCCUACAGAGUAUACUGCAAUCGAAAGCCAAUCCCGCCUACAAUGCUAGACGUCUCUGGUAUGAACUGAAUAUGCCCGAGUGUACCAGUGAAAUAUUAGAUGGGCGAAUGUUGUCGACUACGAUACCUGAAAGUUUGCUAUGUCAUAGUCGGGAGAUGCGUCCUAAACGUAAGGUGCCAACAAAGAAAAAGGAACGACGUCCUUCAUACAUGCAAAUGCGCCAGGAACGAGAAAACUUUCGCAAAAAGUUGGUAGAAUUAAUUGCCCGUAAAGAUGAUGAGGCGGCCACCACCAAUGCCAUAAAUGAUGAUUCUGGUGGUGUUGGCCCCGAUACCAUGGACUGGGACAGUGAAUUCCCCAAUCAGCAGGAAAAAGAGGUGUUACGUUAUUACUACUACAUUAAGCAUGGCAUCGAUACCAUUCAUGUAUCGCCAAUGAGCAAAAAAGUUUUAAACAGAAUUAAGAGUCAAAUUCCGCCAGUCUUAAAUAAAUGGGAGGUGGCUCUGUCAGAGAAUAUCAAUGAAAUCAAAUCCGAUUAUAUCUUCUCGAUGAAAAAAGCUGUGGUGGAUUUUGUUUUGCAAAAUUCUUUGACAAAUCUAAAAAAGGAUACAAAGCUGGAAUUGACAAAGGAGCGAAAGGAAAUCAAUGCCAUGUCGAAUAAAUGGAGAUAUCGAUACGAUGAAAAUCGUUGCCGUUUAAAGAGAACCCUAUUCUGCAUACAUCGCUCUGUUGCCCACAUCUUGGAAUUGUGGAACACGAAGUACAAGGAAAUCACUUUGGUGGAUGCUCGAGAACUAUCCAAGGUCACAACACCAUUUGAGCUGUUCGAAUUUGCGUACACUGUUGGGCGCCAUGUGGACCAGGCUAAAAAUAUGCUGGAAAAUGAAUGGUAUGGUGAAAUACAUGCAAUUCUCUUGAGGGCCAGUAAUCGUGGCCAAUUGCCUGAUGUAAGGAAAACGCGACUCAUUCAACGUUUCUAUAAUUGUGUGGCGGCUCUAAUGACCCAACAGCUGGAAGAUAUGUGUAUACGAAGUUUAAAUCGUUUUGCCGAUUUUAUAUGUGAUUAUGCGAAAUGUAAUCCCGGCUUUAAAAUAUCUCUGAUGUUGGAAGAUGAGGAUGUAAUAGUUUUCAAUCCGAACUUUUCCAAGUUCCAAAGUGAAAUGGUGCGCAUAAUCGAAUCGAUUGUCUUGGCCGUGCAAAAUCUCCCGAGAAUUGAAAGUAAACUAUAUACAGAUUUAAAAAUAUCCGAUAAACUUACCCUGACUCCCGCCAUACCGGAAUCAUUAAUUGCUGAGACGCGUAAUCGUAUUUGUGCCCUACUCGAAGAGGAGCGUAUUGGACCCGAAUUGCGCUUGCAAGAUUUCGAUGAAUAUAUUGAUUUAAUGAAUGGUCGUGAUGCAGAGCGUGUAUCGAAAUUUAUUUCCGCCCAGCCGGAAUUCGAAGCAUUCUGUCAAAUGGUUCACGAGUAUCGUCAGAAGGAAGAUAAAAUUUCCCGAGAUAUAUGGGGUGUUAUCCGAAUGGGCCUCUAUGAAUUUCAUAGAGAAAAAUUUAUUGGUAACUUGGAAAGUUUCGGGAGGUAUAUGCAGGAGCAGUUACUCAAUCAUAUGGUCAACGAUCAGCAGAAUAAAAUCUCCAAAUUGGGUAAGGAGUAUGAGUCAAUUGCCAAGAAGGCCUUGACCAUACCCAAAGACACAGCGGAAUUGAUGAGCCUUAAGGCCUAUGUCAUAAACACCGAGGAGAAUGUGGUGCCGGAAAUGGAACAGCGUUUAAGGGUGAAUAUGGGUCAUAUUUUGUGGCUGAUGGACCAUACCCUGUACUCCCCAUUGCAAAUUAAAAACAACUCCAAUACCUUCCAAUGGUAUCUGAAAUUACCCUCGAUAUUUGAAGAUCAUCGGGUGAUAAUUGCCGACAAGACAAUUGAAUAUCAGGAGUUGCUAAAGAAACGCAUCGAUAGUUUUCGCCGUGAACUGCAAACCUAUUUUGAUCAGGUUCAAACCUAUGAUGAAUGGGGUGAUAUCAAACAAUUGGCGAAAUAUAAACGGAAGGCUAAUAUUCUGGAUAAUCGUUUGGUUAUGGCCAUGGAUACCAUAGAUCGUAUCAACGAAGAGGAGACUUCGUAUGGAUGGGACCUAUCACAGUACUUCAUAAGGAAGAAGGCUCAUGACCAGCUAAAGCCAUAUAAGACCCUAUUCGAUGCGGGUCAAGAAUUUAUGGAUAAAUAUGAUUUGUGGAUGAAUGCCCAAGUGGGAGCAUUCGAUCCAGAUGAAAUUGAAACUGAAGUGGCAAAUAUGUAUCGGAUCAUUCAGAAAUUGGAAAAGCAAAUGGGUGAUCAUCCCACCACAAUGGCCCUGAUAAAGGAUAUCAAAGAACAAAUUGAGGCCUUCCGUGAACACAUGCCCAUUAUUUCCACAUUGGGUAAUCCGGGCAUGAAAACACGCCACUGGGAAUUGGUUUCGGAGAUUAUCGGUUUUCCCAUCAAGGUUUCACCGGACUUGACAUUAGCUCGUAUCAUUGAAUAUGGCCUGGAGGAUUAUGUAGGGAAAUUUGAGACAAUUUCCGAAAGUGCCACAAAGGAAAAUAAUUUGGAAAGAGCCAUGGCUAAAAUGGUUGCGGAAUGGGAAGAUAUAUCGUUUUCCGUAUCACCAUAUAGAGAUACAGGCACCUAUAAGCUGUCGGCCAUUGAUGACAUUCAGGUUCUAUUGGAUGAUCAAAUUAUCAAGACCCAAACCAUGAAGAGUUCGCCAUAUAUUAAACCCUUUGAAAAGGAUAUAUUAAAAUGGGAAGCCAAGUUAAUUUUAUUGCAAGACAUAUUGGACGAUUGGUUACGUGUCCAAGCCACCUGGAUGUAUUUGGAACCAAUAUUCUCUAGCCCCGAUAUUCAACAACAAAUGCCCGAGGAGGGUAGACGGUUCAGCGCCGUGGAUAAGAUCUGGAAAGAAUUAAUGAAACAAGUCAAUGCCGAUUGCCGGGUCAUGGCCGUGGUGGAAAUUGACAAAAUGUCGGAGAAAUUGAAAAAGGCCUUCAAUCUAUUGGAAAUCAUACAAAAGGGUCUGAAUGCCUAUCUGGAAAAGAAACGUUUAUAUUUCCCGCGAUUCUUUUUCCUAUCCAAUGAUGAGCUGCUGGAAAUCCUAUCCGAAACUAAAGAUCCGACAAGGGUGCAGCCACAUUUGAAAAAAUGCUUCGAGGGUAUUGCAACUCUCAAAUUUACGGAAGAGCUGGAAGUUACAAUAAUGCGUUCAUCGGAACGUGAAGAGGUUGAACUUGUCGAUAUUAUAUCGACAGCUAAGGCCCGAGGUCAAGUGGAGAAAUGGCUUUUGGAAUUAGAGUUGGACAUGAAGAAAAGUAUUCACAAGAAAAUGAGUGAAGCAUUCUAUAGUUAUCCGAAUAGUGUUCGGCAUGAAUGGGUCCUGAUAUGGCCGGGCCAGUGUGUCCAAUCGAUAUCGUUGACCUAUUGGACUUUAAAUAUAACCGAAUGUUUUAUGUCCGACGAUCCGUGUGGAAAUUUGGAAAAAUAUUUGGAAACAAAUGUUACGCAGAUCAAUCGCAUUGUGGAUUUGGUCAGAGGUGAUUUGAGUGCCCAAAAUCGCAUUACGCUGGGUGCCUUGGUGGUAUUGGAUGUUCAUGCCCGUGAUGUCUUGGCCGAGAUUGUGGAGAAAAAAGUAUCCGAACUCAAUGAUUUUCAGUGGCUGUGUCAGCUUCGAUACUAUUGGGAGGACAACAAUUUGGAUACGCGGAUGAUAAAUUGUUCCCUAAAAUAUGGUUAUGAAUAUUUGGGAAAUACCACGCGGUUGGUUGUAACACCUCUGACAGAUCGUUGUUAUCGAACUCUCUUUAGUGCUCUCCAUUUACAUUUGGGUGGUGCACCGGAAGGCCCGGCUGGUACUGGUAAAACUGAGACAACAAAAGAUUUAGCCAAGGCUGUGGCCAAACAAUGUGUUGUCUUUAAUUGUUCCGAUGGUUUGGAUUAUAUUGCCCUGGGGAAAUUCUUUAAGGGUUUGGCUUCAUGUGGUGCCUGGUCAUGUUUUGAUGAAUUUAAUCGUAUCGAUUUGGAGGUGCUAUCGGUGGUGGCCCAACAAAUCCUCACCAUACAACGGGGUAUUAAUUCAGGAAGUCCAACAUUGGUAUUUGAAGGUACCACCCUCACCUUGGAUCCCACGUGUGCGGUAUUUAUUACCAUGAAUCCUGGUUAUGCAGGGCGAUCGGAAUUGCCGGAUAAUUUGAAGGCCCUCUUCCGUUCUGUGGCCAUGAUGGUACCCGAUUAUGCCCUGAUUUCAGAAAUUGAGUUAUAUUCCUAUGGCUUCUUGACCGCCAAACCAUUAUCGGUAAAAAUUGUGGCCACCUAUCGUUUGUGUUCGGAACAAUUGAGUACCCAAUGCCAUUAUGAUUAUGGUAUGCGGGCCGUAAAAUCGGUUCUCAAAGCUGCAGGUGCUCUGAAAUUACGUUAUCGCGAUGAAAAUGAAGAUAUUUUAGUCUUACGUUCGAUAAAAGAUGUCAAUUUACCGAAAUUCUUAAAUCAAGAUGUCCCCUUGUUCCAAGGUAUAACUUCGGAUUUGUUCCCAGGAACUGUAUUGCCAGAGGCAGAUUAUGUCAUCUUCAAUGAAUGCUGUCGCGAGGCAUGCGAACGUAAUAAUAAACAAUGUACCGAUUUCUUUUUGGAAAAGGUGCAACAGUUGUAUGAAAUGAUUGUUGUACGGCAUGGUUUGAUGCUGGUCGGUUUGCCGUUUGGUGGUAAGACGACGUGUUAUCGGAUAUUGGCGGAAACUUUGGAGAAUAUGGAGAAAAGGAACGCCGGAGAAAAUCGUGCAAUUUACACCAUCAUCAAUCCCAAGGCCAUUACCAUGGGUCAAUUGUAUGGCCAAUUUGAUGCUGUCUCCCAUGAAUGGAGUGAUGGCGUGCUGGCCGUAAGCUAUCGACAAUUUGCUGUCUCUGAGACACCCGACCGCAAAUGGCUAAUAUUUGAUGGUCCGGUCGAUGCUAUUUGGAUUGAAAAUAUGAACACGGUACUGGAUGAUAAUAAGAAACUGUGUCUAAUGUCCGGAGAAAUUAUACAGCUGUCGCCCACAACAAAUCUAAUAUUUGAACCAAUGGAUUUGGAGGUGGCUUCACCGGCCACAGUGUCGCGAUGUGGUAUGAUCUAUAUGGAACCUUCAUCGCUGGGUUGGGAACCUUUGGUGACAUCGUGGAAAAAUCGUUUGCCUGCCAGUUUCCAUGCUGUGGCCAAGCAAUUGGUGUCGUCUCUCAUCAAGCGGUUCUGUCCAAUUUUGCUGUAUAUUGUAAGGAAAGCUUCGUUGGUGGAAAUUGCCCCCACUUCGGAUGCCAAUUUAAUGGUGGCCUUGAUGAAUCUUUUCGAUUGUUUCUUGGAUGAUUUUAAGGAUGAGAAAUAUGUCCAGAAUCUAUCCGAUUUGGAUAUGAGGGCCCAAAUCGAGGGAGUGUUUUUGUUUUCCUGCAUUUGGUCCAUUGGUGCCUCUUUGGACUCGAAUAGUCGUGAGAAAUUCAAUUUGGUUUUUCGCGGCCUUAUGGAAAAGAAUUUCCCCGAGAAUUUGUAUGAAACGUUUGGCAUCCCGGAGGAGUUACAUGUUCCAGCAUUGCCCAAGCCUUUUAUUUUCCCCAUACCCAAACAGGGUUCGGUGUUCGAUUAUCGUUUCAUUAAGGAGGGUAAAGGUAAAUGGAAGCCAUGGCAGGAUGAUGUGGCCGCCGCUCCGGCCAUAAGUCGUGAUAUACCCGUAAAUCAAAUUAUUAUUGUGACCAAUGAAAAUGUCCGAUCCACAGCGGUUUUGGAUUUACUUGUGCGACAUGGAAAGCCCGUAUUAUUUGUGGGACCCACCGGUACCGGAAAGAGUUGUUAUAUUAUCGAUUAUAUGCUGAAGAAAAUGGAUUUGUCCGUCUACAAGCCUUUGCUAAUUAAUUUUUCCGCCCAGACUUCGGCGAAUCAGACUCAGGAUAUAAUUAUGUCGAAAUUGGAUAAGAGACGCAAGGGUGUCUAUGGUCCACCGUUAAAUAAGCGAUUUGUCAUAUUUGUCGAUGAUGUUUCAAUGCCAUUGAAAGAGAAUUAUGGCGCCCAACCUGCAAUUGAGUUGCUGCGUAUGAUGAUGGAUCAUUGGAUGUGGUAUGAUCGGAAGGCAAUUGUCCCACUGAAAUUAAUCGAUAUACAAAUGAUAUGUGCCAUGGGGCCGCCAUCGACGGGUAACACCAUUACACCACGUUUCCAGCGGCAUUUUAAUGUGGUGGCCAUUGAUGAAUUUAAUGAUGAUAUUCUGAAGACGAUUUUUAGUAAAAUAAUCCUGUGGCAUUUGGAUACGAGAGGCUUCUCCAAAGAAUUUGAUCCCUGCAUCGAAGAAAUAGUCAAUGCCACCUUGACAAUUUACAAUAAGGCCAAAAUGAAUCUGCUACCCACACCAGCGAAAUCCCAUUAUCUCUUCAAUUUACGUGACUUCUCUCGGGUGAUACAGGGAGUUUUACUUUCCGUUCCCGAAGCCACAGAAGAUCUUAAUUCCAUGAGACGACUUUGGGUCCAUGAAGUAUUUCGCGUAUACGGUGAUCGCCUUGUAGAAGACUCCGAUCGCAGUUGGCUGUUCACCGCUCUCUGUGAACAAAUGCGCAACAGUUUCGCCAUCGAACCUGAAGUCAUCUUCGAACGUUUCGUUCAAAAGGGUGAAAAACUAACCGAAUCAGAUUUUCGUAAUUUAAUCUUUUGUGAUUUUACCAAUCCCAAAGCCGAUACGAAAAAUUACAUUGAAGUACAAGAUUUAGACGAGUUACGCAAUGUGGUCGAAUCGUAUUUGGUCGAAUACAACAACAUGUCCAAAAAGCCAAUGAAUUUGGUAUUGUUUCGUUUUGCCGUGGAACAUUUGUCGAGAAUUUGUCGCAUUAUAAAGCAGCCACGUAGUCAUGCUCUACUUAUCGGUGUCGGUGGCUCCGGACGUCAGAGCUUGACUCGUUUGGCUUCGCAUAUAUGUGACUAUGAAUUGUUUCAAGUUGAAAUAUCUCGAUCAUAUGGACCGAAUGAAUGGCAUGAAGAUAUCAAGGGUAUAUUGCGUAAGAUCAGUUCGUCGGAAAUGCAUGGGGUGUUCUUGUUUACAGAUGUUCAGAUAAAAGAUGAAUCCUUCUUGGAGGAUAUCAACAAUUUAUUGAAUUCGGGUGAAGUUCCGAACUUGUUUAGCAAUGAAGAGAAAAUGGAAGUUGUCGAGAAGAUGGCUCAAAUCGAUAAGCAACGGGACAAGGCAGUGCAGACGGAUGGCAGUCCGGUGGCCUUGUUUAAUUUCUUUGUAACGACUUGUAAAGAUCAGUUGCAUGUAGUCCUGGCCAUGUCACCCAUUGGCGAGGCUUUAAGGAUAAGGAUACGUAAAUUUCCCUCCAUUGUGAACUGCUGUACAAUUGAUUGGUUCCAGGCAUGGCCAGAGGAUGCUUUGUUGGCAGUGUCCACCAGGUUUUUGGCCCAGGAGGAUCUAACAGAUUUGGAGCGUCGUGCAGCCAUAGAUAUGUGCAUGGAAUUCCAUACCUCCACUCAGGCUCUAUCGGAGGCUUUUUAUUUGAGGCUAAAGCGGCAUAAUUAUGUCACACCAACUUCCUAUUUGGAAUUGAUACAGACUUUCAAGACGUUGCUGAACAAGAAAAGGGCAUCUGUCAUGCUCAACAAAAAUCGCUAUUUGACUGGCAUAUCCCAAUUGGAUAUUGCCGCCCAGCAAGUGGGUGUGAUGCAGGAACAAUUGGAAGCUUUGGAACCGAAAAUUAAGGCAGCAGCGGAAACCGUUGCCAUACAAGUAGCCAAGGUCACGGAAGACAGCAAGGCAGCUGAGGAACAACGUGAAAUUGUCAAACGAGAUGAGGCAGUGGCUGCGGAACAGGCUCAAUUGGCUCAGGCCAUAAAGGAUGAAUGUGAUGCAAAAUUGGGCGAAGCCCUACCCAUACUCAAUGAGGCAAUGGCUGCCCUAAAUACCCUGACCACAGCCGAUAUUGCCGUUGUUAAGACAAUGAAAUCUCCUCCGGUGGGGGUGCGUAUUGUCAUGGAAGCUGUGUGCAUUUUGAAAGAAGUUAAACCGGAACGUAUUACCAAUCCCAGUGGUGUGGGCAUGAUUGAAGAUUACUGGGGUCCAUCGAAGAAAGUUCUGAGUGAUAUUAAAUUUUUGGAUAGUCUUUUAAAUUUCGAUAAGGAUAAUAUACCUCCAGCGGUCAUAAAGAAGCUGCAGGAAAGGGUCUUAACGAAUGAGGCAUUUGAUCCGGAAAAAAUUAAGACCGCCUCCACAGCUUGUGAAGGGUUGUGUAAAUGGGUUAUUGCCCUAACGAAAUAUGAUGUGGUGGCGAAAAUUGUUGCCCCGAAAAAGAUUGCCUUGGCCGAGGCGGAGGCUACCUAUAAUGCUGCUCAAAAAACUUUGAACGAAAAACUGGCCCAACUUGCUCGGGUCGAAGCAAAUUUGGCAGCGAUUCAGAAGGUGUUGGACAAGCAAAUGAAGGAAUAUGACAUCCUCCAAGCGGAACAUGAGGCUUGCACGAAAAAAUUACAACGAGCGCAGGAUCUUAUCUCCGGCUUGGGUGGUGAACGCACCCGAUGGUCAGAGACCGCCAAACAGCUGGGACGCAUUUACAAUACCCUUACCGGAGAUGUGCUAAUAUCCUCCGGUGUUGUCUCCUAUUUAGGACCAUUUACCAUUGAAUAUCGUGUCGAGCAGACCCGUAAAUGGGCUGAAAAAUGUGCCAGCUUUGGUAUUGUCUGUAGUCAAGAUUUCCAAUUGGUCAAUGUACUGGGUGAACCCGUUGAAAUACGUAAUUGGAAUAUAUGCGGCCUACCCACUGAUUCCUUUUCCAUUGAGAGUGCCAUUAUGAUGCAAAAUGCUCGCCGUUGGCCCCUGAUGAUAGAUCCGCAGGGUCAGGCCAAUAAAUGGAUAAAGAAUUUGGAAAAAAAUAAUAAACUUUGUGUUAUACGACUUAAUCAGCCUGACUAUACGCGCGUCUUGGAAAAUGCCAUACAAUUUGGUUUGCCGGUACUGCUGGAAAAUAUUGGCGAAGAAUUGGAUCCACUGCUCGAAUCGAUUUUACUCAAACAGCUGUUCAAGCAAGGCGGAGCAUUGUGCAUCAAAUUGGGCGAUUCGGUUAUUGAGUAUAAUCACAAUUUUAAAUUCUAUAUGACAACAAAACUUCGCAAUCCGCAUUAUUUACCCGAAGUGGCGGUCAAAGUCACUCUGCUGAAUUUCAUGAUUACCACACAGGGUCUACAGGAUCAAUUGCUGGGCAUUACUGUGGCACGUGAACGUCCCGAUUUGGAGGCGGAAAAGAAUACUCUCAUUGUUCAGGGGGCGGAAAAUAAACGAAUGUUGAAAGAGACCGAAGAUCAAAUAUUGGAAGUUCUAUCAUCGGCUGAGAAUAUUUUAGAAGAUGAAACUGCUGUGCAGGUCCUUAGCUCAGCCAAAGCAUUGGCCAAUGAUAUUAACGAGAAACAGGUUAUCACCGAAGCCACCGAGAAACAAAUUGAUACGGCACGUCUUAGUUAUGUCCCCAUUGCGGAACAUUCGACAAUUUUAUUUUUUACGAUUGUUGAAUUGGCCAACAUCGAUCCGAUGUAUCAAUACAGCUUAGCCUGGUUUGUGGGUUUGUACACGGCCUCCAUUGAUAAUACGGAAAAAGUCGAUGAUAUUGUGGAGCGUUUAAAGGAUUUGCGGGCACAUUUCACCUAUAGCCUGUAUGUGAACAUUUGUCGGAGUUUGUUCGAGAGGGACAAGCUAUUAUUCUCCUUGAUUCUCAACAUCAAUCUAAUGAAGGCGGAGGGUCGAAUUGAUAAUAGCGAAUGGAUGUUUUUGCUCACCGGAGGUAUUGGCCUAGAUAACCCUCAUAAAAAUCCGACCAAAUGGUUGGGAGUACAAAGUUGGAAUGAAUUAUGUCGUCUAGCCGAAUUGCAACACUUUAAGGGACUGCGAGAAAAUUUCACCGAACAUUUGGAUGAGUGGAAAACAUUUUUCGAAUCGGAAAUACCGCACAAUUUCGAAGCACUACCCAAGCCGUGGGAUAAAAUGACAAUGCUAGAAAAAUUGUUAUUGCUGAGGGUAUUUCGUCCAGAUAAAUUGGUCCCGGCAAUAUUGCGGUUUGUCGCUCUCGAAAUGGGAGAGAAAUUUGUCGAUCCACCACAAUUUGAUUUGGCCGCUUCGUUUGGAGACUCCCACUGUUGUAUACCGUUGAUAUUUAUUUUAACACCUGGCUCGGAUCCUACAGCGACCCUUUUGAAAUUCGCCGAUGAGCAGGGAUUUGGUUCAAAUCGUUUGUUCUCUUUGUCGCUGGGUCAAGGUCAGGGACCCAUUGCUGUGAAAAUGAUAGAGGAGGGCAUUAAGCAGGGCAAUUGGGUGGUUCUACAAAAUUGUCAUUUGGCAAAGAGUUUUAUGCCCACCUUGGAGAAAAUCUGUGAAGGAAUGGUGCCGGAUUCAACACAUCCCGAUUUCCGUUUAUGGUUGACAUCCUACCCUGCGGAUCAUUUUCCAGUUGUUGUUCUACAAAAUGGCAUAAAAAUGACCAAUGAACCACCCAAAGGCCUGAGAUCGAAUAUUAUCAGAUCUAUGUUAUCGGAUCCCAUUUCCGAUCCCGAAUGGUAUGAAUCGUGUAAACAAAGUCAAACCUUUAAACAGCUGAUCUACUCGCUGUGCUUCUUCCAUGCCGUCAUACAAGAGAGAAGGUACUUCGGACCGAUUGGUUGGAAUAUUCCCUAUGAAUUUAACGAAACAGAUUUGAGAAUAAGUCUGAUGCAAUUGAAAAUGUUCCUCGAUCAGUAUGAAGGUGUGAAUUAUGAUGCCCUGCGUUAUCUGACCGGAGAAUGUAAUUAUGGUGGCCGUGUCACAGAUGAUUGGGAUCGUCGAACAUUGAAAACCUUACUUAAUCGUUAUUAUUGCCCUGAAGUUUUGGAUAUUGAAACUCCGUUUUUUUUCGAUGAUAAACAGAUUUAUUACAUUCCGGUGUAUAAAGAGGUGGAGAACUAUUUGAAUUAUACGAAGGAGUUGCCACAACAAACUGUGCCAGCCAUAUUCGGGUUUCAUGCUAAUGCGGAUAUUAUGAAGGAUCAACAGGAAACAGAUAUGCUGCUGAGUCAUACGCUGCUGACACAGGAUACAUCGGAAGCCGCAGAUGAUGGUGGUGAGGGGGCCAGCGAACGUUUAACACCUGAAGAAGUUGUCAUUAAUGUGGCCACAGAUAUUUUGGAUCGCCUGCCUAAGGAUUUUGAUCGUGAUGCGGCAUUGGCCCGUUAUCCGACAAGUUAUCACCAAAGUAUGAAUACGGUAUUGGUGCAGGAAAUGGUACGCUUUAAUGUUUUGCUGCAGACAAUACGUUCGAGUCUCAUCACGCUGAGGAAGGCCAUAAAGGGUUUGGUGGUAAUGUCCGCUCAAUACGAAGCCGUCUAUAAAUCCAUUUUAAUUAGCCGCAUACCAGCAAUGUGGGCAGCAAAAUCCUAUCCAAGUUUGAAGCCUUUGGGUGCCUACAUUACCGAUUUUCUGGGGCGUUUGUCAUUUUUACAGAAAUGGUACGACGAAGGACCGCCCUCCACAUAUUGGCUGUCUGGGUUCUUUUUCACUCAGGCAUUCCUGACGGGGGCGCAACAGAAUUUUGCACGAAAAUAUGUCAUACCCAUCGAUUUGCUCGUAUUCGAUUAUGAGGUGCUGCGUGUUGAGGAAGAUCAAGCGGCGAAUAUGACAGCCCCAGAUGAUGGAGUUUAUGUUUAUGGAAUCUUUCUGGAAGGUGCAUGUUGGGAUCGUGUUGAAAAUUGCUUAGCUGAAUCAUAUCCAAGGGAAUUGUAUGAUCGUAUGCCAUUGAUAUGGAUGAAACCGGUAAAGAAAUCGGAGUUAAAGGAACGGCAUGUCUAUGUGUGUCCCAUGUAUAAGACAGCUGAGCGAAGGGGUGUACUUUCCACAACGGGUCAUAGUACAAAUUUUGUUGUGGCCAUGUUAUUGGAAUGUAAUCCGAAAACGGAGACAUCUCAUUGGAUUAUAAGGGGCACGGCGUUACUGUGUCAGCUGAGUUAUUAG